GAUCAAUACGGUGAGUUAGUCUACAUGGAUCUGGCUAGCAGCCCAAUCAAGGAAUUGCAAGCUGCACUCUUUCCAGUUCAGCCUAUUCCAGGUGGGCUGACCACCCAAAUUCUCCAGGACAGGUUUGGGGUGAUCAAACGGGACCUGGACACUCUUCCGGUAACCACGGGGCUGGUAAAGUUCCGGGAGCUAGACGUCCAAUUGACGGAUGUGGUCGCCCAGGAACCAAGGUGGCCAACAGAGUGCAAGGUUUUAGCAGAGCGGGUCCGUCAUAUUGACUACACCCCAUCAAUCCCGGAGCCUUACUACUCCCCAACGGGAAGAGAACCCAAGCCUAAGCCGGUUAAUGAUGAAUUUGGAAGCCUGGUGUUCAACUACUGCCCGAUGAGCGCUACUAACUACUUCACCAGGUCCUGCAUCGGAGGGACGGCUAUAGACUCACUGUCCUGCGUGGUCCUGGAUGAUGAUCUUCAAUUCGAGUCCAGGUUCGAGUCAGGAAAUCUUGGAAAGGUCAUCAAGAUAACAGACACCUACUACCAAUUGUACCUGAGGAAAGAUCUGUAUACUCAGAGACACAUGCAGUGGUUCUACUUCAGGAUUUCUAAUACUAGGAGCAGAAUUAUCUACAGGUUGUCGAUAGUCAAUCUUUGCAAGGAGGACAGCUUGUAUAAUGAAGGACUCAAGCCGUUGCUGUACUCUCUGAAGGACGCUAGUCUUCAUGCAGUUGGUUGGAGGCGCUGCGGAGAGAACAUCAGCUACUACAAAAAUGAUUCUUCGGAUGAAGAGCGAGAAAAGCACACCCUGACCUUCAACAUAACCUUUCCACAUGACCAGGACACUGUCUACCUAGCACACUGCUACCCUUACACUUAUUCCGACCUCCAAGAGUACUUAUCCAAGUUGUCCAGCGACCCGGUCAAGGUAAAGUUCACCAAACUGAGGCUGCUCUGCCGAACUCUGGCAGGGAACAGUGUCCACUACUUGACCAUCACUGCUCCAGUCAACGAAGAGGGGAAAAAGAAGAAGGGGAUUGUCAUCACUGCUAGGGUUCAUCCUGGAGAGACUCCCUCCAGCUGGAUGAUGAAGGGGAUCAUCGAUUUCCUUACUGGCGAGUCUAACCAAGCUAGAGAGCUAAGAGAGCGGUUUAUCUUCAAGCUGGUUCCAAUGCUGAACCCAGAUGGCGUCAUCGUAGGAAACAACCGGUGCUCAUUGAGCGGCAAAGAUCUAAACCGGCAGUACCGAACAGUGAUGCGAGAAAGUUACCCCAGUGUCUGGCACACCAAGCUGAUGAUCCGCCGGCUGAUGGAGGAAUGCGGAAUUGCCAUGUACUGCGACCUUCAUGCCCACUCUCGGAAGCACAAUAUCUUUAUCUACGGCUGCGAGAGCAAGAGGGCUUGCUAUGGCAAGCUAGCAGAGCAGAUUUUCCCGCUAAUGCUUCAUAAAAACGCAGCGGAUAAGUUUUCUUUUGAAAACUGCAAGUUUUACAUUGAGAAAGGCAAAGAAGGAACCAGCCGAGUUGUGGUAUGGCUGAUGGGCGUUCAAAAUAGCUACACCAUGGAAGCUUCUAUGGCUGGAUCCAAGCUGGGUUCCCGAUCAGGAACACACUUUUCUGCUCAAGACUAUCAACAAAUUGGCAAGGCUUUCUGCGAGACUCUAAUAGACUUUUCUGAUGAUGAUCCUGUCAAGGAGAAGCUGAGGAACAAGAUCCUCCUGAGGCUGAUAAAGGAAGGCUCCAGCGCGGAUGAGCCAACCAACAUCAACCUGACCGAUUAUUCCAGUGAUGAAGGCGACUCUUCUGACUCUUCUGAGGACAAGAUCAUCAACAAGCUUAAUCCUGUGGAAAGCGAGGAGCUUGAUGAUGAUCCUGGAUUUCUGAACGUCCCGCCACCUUCUCCUCAGAUGACAAAGGCUCAGACGCUCCACAAGCUCAGGAGGAGCAGGACCAAGGCCCAGCUGAGGGAGACUUACCGAAUUAAACGGAAGCUCAUGAGCCGUCAAGCUUUGGACCUACCCUCGACUGACCCUGGCAGCGACAUGUGCUGCGAGGAGGAGCUGGACAACUACUCCAAGCCUCUUGAUGAGGAGAUCAAGAUCAGGAGUCCAAGGACCAGGUCAAUGAGGCUGCCGGUCAUGAGGAACGACAUCCAGGUGAAGCUCAGUGAACUCAGGCAGCAGAUCUGGACUACCAGGGUGCUCCACCAGGUUGAGGGGAAUCUUCUGAACACGGAACUGGUCCAGCUGGCCAUGGUCAGCAAUGAGAGCGAGGCCGUGCUUAAGUUGUGCUCCAAGAAGCUCAAGUCCCUGGAGCAGGAGGCUAGAAUGGAGACCAGGAAGCCCAAGAAGAAGGCUAAAGAGGCACUGGAGAAGCGCAACAAGGUCAAAAAAAGGACUGAGGAGAACCUCCAGCCCAGGGUUAAUGGUCUGGAGGCGUUAAAGUUAUUUGGAGUUGGAAAACUGCCUAAGAGCUCUUCUGGGGGCAGUAGUAAGAAUUCGCAGGAGCAGAGGAGGAAGUUUAGGAAAUCGGGGAUUGUUGCUGGAGCUGCGGUUCAUGUUGCCAAGGGCAAAGUCAAUCUUGCGCCUGCUAAGAACUCCAGUUCUAGUUCUGAUGAAGUUCAGGGGGGAGAUGCUCCUCCAGGUUCUAGAGGGAAAGGUUCCAGUAGAAAAGGUCAGAGGUUAAAGCUUCAUUUUAGUGCUAAUCUUUUGAUAAGCAGGGACAAAAGUGGGAAAUGA